AUGUCCGCAUACCAUGUGGUGCCAAGACAGUCCUCCGGUGCACUCACCAUAACCGCACCACCAGCGCGGUUUGAGGCGGGUGACACUCGGCGGGUGACUUUGUUGGACAUUGGCGGUGAGCGUGUAGUGCAGGGGGGCAAUCGCUUGGGCGAAGGACCCGUCACACCACAGCAGAAGGACAUCUACAUGGCCAAUGUGGCCGAGAAGGGCUUCCACCACGAGCAGGAGCAGACCCCUGUCUAUGGCCUGUCCUCUGAUGCGGAGUUUGCGUUCAAGAUGACCCGUUCAACAUACGCCAGCAUGUUUGGCCCCACCACAGGCGAUUGCGUGCGAUUAGGUGACACAGACCUGUAUAUUGAGGUGGAGAAGGAUCUUACCCAAUAUGGUGAUGAGUGCAAAUUUGGCGGGGGAAAGGUGCUGCGAGACGGCAACGGACAGGCCAGUGGGGUGAGCGAUGCAGACGCACUGGACACAGUCAUCACAAACGCACUCAUAGUCGAUAGCACAGGUAUCUACAAAGCCGACAUAGGAAUCAAAAACGGAAACAUCAGUGCCAUUGGCAAGGCCGGCAAUCCAGCAUGCAUGAAUGGUGUGGGUGCUGAUAUGGUUGUUGGGGUGACCACUGAAGUGAUUGCGGGUGAGGGUAAGAUCAUCACAGCUGGAGGGUCUGACUCGCACAUCCAUUGGAUCUGUCCUCAGCAGUGCGACGAAGCCAUUGCCAGUGGUGUGACGACCAUGAUUGGCGGCGGCACAGGCCCUGCGGCUGGGACCUGUGCAGUGACGUCCACUCCAGGCACAUGGCACAUCGAGCGCAUGUUGCAGGCCAUGGAGAAUGUACCCGUUAACUUUGGAAUCAUCGCCAAAGGCAAUUCAUCCGAGAGAGAAGGUUUGGUGGAGCAGAUUGAAGCGGGUGCCAUGGCUCUGAAGGUGCAUGAGGAUUGGGGUGCUACGCCUACAACCAUUGACAAGGCCCUUGAGUUGGCUGACGAGUUCGAUGUACAGGUGAUGCUGCACACAGACACUCUCAACGAAGCAGGCACUGUAGAAGAUACCAUUGCGUCCUUCAAGAAGAGAGCCAUCCACACAUACCAUUCCGAAGGCGCAGGAGGAGGCCACGCCCCCGACAUCAUUCGAGUGUGUGGAGAGUGUAAUGUACUGCCGUCGUCAACCAAUCCCACGCGCCCAUACACAGUCAACACAAUCGAUGAACACGUCGACAUGUUGAUGGUGUGCCAUCACUUGGACAGACGAAUCGCAGAAGACGUCGCCUUUGCCAACUCGCGCAUUCGAGAGGAGACCAUCAUGGCUGAAGACAUUCUGCAUGACAUGGGUGCCAUCAGUAUGAUGUCGUCAGACUCACAGGCCAUGGGCCGAGUGGGCGAAGUCAUCACACGCACAUGGCAGACCGCCAGCAAGAUGAAACGCCAGCGCGGAAGACUGCCCGAGGAGACGCAUGGCAAGAAGAACGACAAUGUGCGCGUUAGAAGAUACAUCUCCAAGUACACCAUCAACCCAGCCAUCACACACGGGUACUCUCAUCUGUUGGGAUCGGUUGAGGUGGGCAAGAUGGCUGAUCUGGUGGUGUGGGACUUCGCUUACUUCGGCACCAAGCCGGACAUGGUUCUCAAGGGCGGCAGCAUUGCGUGGGCACAGAUGGGCGACGCCAACGCAUCAAUUCCCACGCCACAACCUGUCUACAUGCGUCCAAUGUUUGGUGUUAUGGGCGGAGCCACUGCCAAGUCAAACAUCACAUUUGUGAGUCAGGCGUCUGUGAGUCUGAAGACACUUGAGAAGUAUAAUCUCACGCGACGCAUAGAGCCUGUGCGAAACGUGCGCAACAUUGGCAAGAAGGACAUGGUACUCAACGACUACGCACCAACCAUCCGAGUGGACCCAGAGAACUACAAAGUCUACAUCGACGACAACGAGGAAUGGCUCAAGUGCGACCCACUCACCCAAGCGCCUCUGGGUCAGCUGUACUUCAUGUCCUAGUGCACUCAGCCACCCCGAGGGACGUGGCAGUGUAUCUACUGUGUGCAUGCACCUCAUCCGCACCCAGAGACUGGCCCCUGUCUGUCUGAGAGGUGUACGUCUAGCAGCCGACAUGUCUGUUGGGAGGGUAGUCUCACUGCACUAUGCACCGCCAUGAGAACAGCCGAAGCGUUGCUCAGUGGAGAUACACGGUGUAACACCAGUCAUGGCCUCAACGGCACAAGCAGAGCAUCCCGUGGCACGCACACUGUCCUGACCAUUGGGGUUAGGAGUGUGCGUGCACGCUCUCUAGUUUACAACGUUCCGAAGUCAAGAUAAAUUCAUCAUGUUUCGUAGACGAUCAAUACAUUUGUUAUUUUGGUAUCCCAGCA